GUGACCGACUGGAAUGGGUUCAUGAACUGCUUUUUACAGUUGUCUGUUCAACAUAUUUUCAGUGACAACAUUGUACGAACGGUUUAUCUUAUCGUAUCGUCUGAGAAGUCGGGCACAUCCACCAAGUGGAAUGAUGAAUGAAAUGUCCAGUCCGGUCUCCGCGUGAUUUUGUACAUACACAUGUCAUACUGCAGAACUGAAGUUUUAACUCUUCAAUCAAACAUUCAUCCUGAAAAUGCAUUUGAGUGUAGCGAUCCCCAUUCUGCGAGGAUACAUCAGACACCUGAAGAACGGGUCCUCGCUGCCAUACAGAUGGAGAGUGACAUGGAAAAGAAAUUACAGCUUCUUUCGAGAUGAUGUGAAAUCGCCUAGAGCGGUGGUCAACCCAGACAUCUCAAAAAUUCGUAACAUUGGCAUCAUGGCACAUAUAGAUGCAGGAAAGACCACGACGACGGAGAGAAUGCUGUACUAUUCUGGAUACACGCGAGCUCUGGGAGAUGUGGAUGAUGGAGACACUGUAACUGAUUACAUGGCCCAGGAGAGGGAGAGAGGGAUCACUAUCCAGUCAGCUGCUGUAACCUUUGACUGGAAGGAUCAUAGGAUUAACCUCAUAGACACACCAGGUCAUGUUGAUUUUACUCUGGAGGUGGAGAGAGCUUUACGAGUGUUGGAUGGAGCAGUUGCUGUGUUUGAUGCCUCUGCUGGCGUAGAGGCUCAAACCCUGACUGUGUGGCGGCAGGCAGAAAAACAUAAAAUCCCUUGUGUGUGCUUCCUAAACAAGAUGGACAAACCUGCAGCUAGCCUGAGUUACUCUAUAGACAGCAUAAAGACCAAACUAAAGGCCAACCCUGUUCUCCUUCAGAUCCCUAUUGGCUCAGGGAAGGGCUUCACAGGAUUGGUGGACUUAAUCACCAAGCAGAAAAUUAUAUGGCAGAGGACUUCACUAUCAGGUGAUGGUCGUGCUUAUGAGAUCAGAGCCCUCCAGUCCUCAGAUGAUGUGGAAGUGCUCCAGGCCUUCAAUGAGGCCAGAGGAACCCUCAUUGAACAGUUAGCAGAUCUUGAUGAUGAGUUUGCUGAGCUGCUGUUGGGAGAGUACAGUGAAAACUUUGAUGCAGUUCCUGCAGGGAAAUUGCAGGAGGCAGUGAGGAGAGUGACAUUAGCUCGUAAGGGAGUGCCUGUAUUGUGUGGAAGUUCUCUGAAAAAUAAAGGGGUUCAACCUCUGCUGGAUGCCAUCACUGCAUAUCUCCCCGCCCCCAAUGAGAGGCACCAUGACCUUGUGCGCUGGUAUAAAGAUGAUCUGUGUGCACUGGCAUUUAAAGUGAUCCAUGACAAGCAGAGGGGUCCAUUGGUGUUUGUUAGAAUCUACUCAGGAAGCAUGAAGGCGCAGUCAGCUGUGUACAACAUCAACAGGAAUGGAACGGAGAGAAUGAGUCGUCUUCUUUUACCUUUUGCCGAUCAGCACGUAGAGAUCCCUUCCUUGUCAGCAGGAAACAUUGCGCUCACGGUGGGACUCAAACAGACAGUGACAGGUGACACCAUAGUCUCCUCCAAAGCCUCUGCGGCAGCUGCAGUGCGGAGAGCUCAUGCGGAAACUGAGAGCGAGAGGGUCUCGCACAGGGAGCGCAACAGUCUGGUGCUUGCUGGGGUGGAAGUCCCUGAGCCUGUCUUCUUCUGUUCUAUUGAACCUCCUUCUAUGGCCAAACAAGCAGAUCUGGAGCAUGCGCUCAGCUGCCUGCAGAGGGAAGACCCCAGUCUCAAAGUCAGAACAGACCCUGACUCUGGACAGACAAUACUGUGCGGCAUGGGGGAGCUGCACAUUGAGAUUAUCCAUGACCGUAUCAAGAGAGAGUAUAACAUUGAAACCCAACUAGGACCACUGCAGGUAGCCUACAGAGAGACCAUCCUCCAAUCUGCAUCAGCCACAGACACAUUAGAUCGUACCCUGGGAGAUAAGAGGCAUGUUGUUAGUGUGGAGCUUACAGUCCAUGCUUGGACGGAUUCUGCAACUUCCUGUGACAACAACUUUGAGGAGGAAGUACAAGCCCAGCUCCCUGCUGAUGUCAGAGAGGCAGUGGAAAACGGAGUUCAAAGUGCAUACCUCCAAGGUCCUGUGUUGGGUUUUCCCAUACAGGGAGUACAAACAGUUAUCCAGCAUGUAGGUUUGGGACCAGGCACUUCUGCAGCCAUGGUUUCAGCAUGUGUGUCUCGCUGCAUGCUCAAGGCUCUGAGGCAGGCAGGAGGGCAGGUGUUGGAGCCAGUGAUGGCCCUGGAAGUGACAGUGGGGGAGGAGCAUCUAAGUUCUGUGCUAGCAGACCUGGCCCAGCGCCGCGGCAUUGUAUGCGACAUCCAAAGUCGGCAGGAAAACAAGGUUUUGCUGGCUACAGUUCCUUUGGCAGAGAUUAUGGGCUACUCUACUGUUCUACGCACUUUGACCUCUGGAAAUGCCACCUUUUCUCUGGAGCUGUCCAGCUAUGAGCCCAUGAACGCUCAGGACCAGAACACACUGCUCAACAAGAUGGCUGGACUGGCUUGAACCUACAACUGUCACCAGCUAUUUACAAGUGAAACUGACCAUUGUUGUACAUACUAACUCUGAUUGGAUGC